AUGUACUAUGAUGGUCAGGAGGUGGAGUGGAAAAGGUCUCUUAUGGAGAAGAGUCAUAACAAGGACGACUUUGAGUUAGCGGAAGUCGUAACAAAUGACAUGAUGUCUAUGAGACCUAUGUAUUAUUACUUUUGUCUGGAUGCUGAGAAUCAUGGCCUUCUUGAUGAAGCUGUGACAGUCUUUUUAGUAGACGAGGGUAAAACUGUUAUACGAGAAUUAAGACAUCUGUAUCAGUGUCCUGCAGAGUUUAGUGAAAGAAAAUUCCCUGCUAUCUAUAAACAGUAUAUAUUAGCAGAUGUUUAUCCUGUAGAAGACAACUGGUCUUCUGAUAAAAUAAGUUGGCUUCAAGCAAAUCUUGAAAAUAGGGAAGUUGAAGCAGUUUUCAGAGAUAUGUAUCAGAAUGUUAGUUAUAUUAGCCCUUUAGAUAUAGAAGGUGUACCACUUAUAGUUACUUUGUUGGCUAUUGGUAAUGUUGUAACAGAAAAAUUUUCAGGUCUGAAAUUUUCCAGUGAAAAAAUAUCUUCUGAAGCUGACAAAAUUGCUGCACAGUCACCAUUUCUUACCUAUUCAAUAAUGAAAAUCCCUUUGAACUCUUAUGAGCAAUGUUUUGUAUUGAAUGUUGAGAAAGGCCCAUGGAGAUUUUGUUUACAAUUUGAGCAACAGAGAGAGAUGCUUACACAAGUUAACAAUAAAUUACAGAUGUACAUGCAUUCAAAAAGACUAGUUAAGGUAUAUCCCAAGGUAGGGGGUACUGUAGUGUGUGAAUUCAUGAAUCACCUUUAUCGAGGACUGGUAUUAAAGAUAAAAAAUCAGGAAGUAAGAGUGUACUGUGUUGACUUUGGUAUUACAUUGUCAAAAACAUCAGAUGAAAUUUGGUUGCUGCCAGAAGAAUUGCUAGAAAUUCCUGUUUUGACCUACACAUGUUGUUUGUAUGGGCUUCCCGACAUUCCUGAUGGUGAGAUAUCAGAAGAGUUUUCACGGCUUAUCACUGAUUGUCCUUUAAUUGGCAGAGUGAUUAAAUACAAUCAGGAUUUAACUACCGUGUCAUUAUUCUUAAAUAGUUUGUCACUAUUGAGUGCACCUGUACAGUAUGAUGAAACUGUUCUCCCAGAUAAGUGUAAAGCAGUAAUUUCAUACAUUAAUGAAGGCUCGGGUACUAUUUAUCUGCAGUUGGUGCAAAAUCUAAAAGAAUUAAAAGCUAUGCAAGAAGAACUUCAGACACACAGUAUAUUCAAGCCACUGGAUCACUUGGUUAGAAAGGGCCUUCCUUGCCUUGCCCUUUACCCUGAAGAUGGACUUUGGUAUCGAGGAAUUGUAAUUGAUCCUGGAGAUCCCCUAAUGGUACAAUAUGUUGACCAUGGAAAUGAAGGAAUAGUACCAGCAAAAUUUGUGAAAAAGCUUGACCUUGGUAUGUUAAAACGUCUGCCAGCACAAGCCAUUCCAUGUAUCUUGAAUAGCGUCACUAGGAAGCCUCUGAAGCGGCAGGAUAUUCAUGAGGUAAUUGGAGAUGAUUCUGUAAAUGUUUCUCUGGUGGAUCAAACUGUUGUGAUGGUUGGAGACAAAAACAUAAAGGCAUACAUAGUGGAAAUGUCAAAUAGUACCUCAGUAUCAGUGAACAAAUGCUUAAAUCAAGUGGAAUCAAGUAAGAGAAUCUGCAGUUACGGUAUUCAAGAGCAUAAUGUUGUAAGUGAUGAAGUGGAUGAAAAAGGUAAUUCCAGUCUCACGAGUUAUACAACAAACAGUAACUAUAGGUCUUCAAUGAAACCACCUGGAAUUAUUCUUCUGCCCCAUACUAAAAAGGAGUGCAGGUUGUCAUGGGUAGAAUCUCCAUCAAACUUUUAUGUCACACUUGUAGAAAAUGAGCUUACACUUGAGGCUCUGAGGAAAGCCUAAGGGUGCUUUCAUUGAUGACAAACAAGAAAAUUUU